GUUGCUUGGAGAGCCAAAGCCCAUCAUCACCACCAAAAGACCCGACGACAAACCCACCCUCAGAUCUCUCGUCAAUUGAGUCAUCAUGUCCGCCGCACCCUUCUUCUGGCGAGCUCCCCUCAAGUACUGCCGCUGGGCAGCCCGCGAGCGUCCCGCCCUCUUCUGGUCCGUCAUCAUCGGCGCUGCUGGUCCCGUUGCCAUGCCCAUUGUACCUCCGAUCCGACACUACUUUGGCGAUAUUGAUGCGCCCCCGGUUCCUGUGACCUACCCCAUUCCCAAUACUCCCAGGAAACAGCUCACCGGCUACGACGAUUAAGAUCUCGAAUUAAAGAGGAAGGAAAUAACACGGCUCGGAACAGAAAAGAAGAAGCGAGCAUACACUAUUGUACAAACUACGGCGUCACCAGAGAAAGCGCUACAGCGGAGGGGGAGGAAUAUCAUAGAGGAAUUAAGGGACAAGAGUCGACGUCCAAAAUUUACCAGCAAUUGACGCUCCAAUUCGAUUUUCUACAUCCAAUCAAUACCGACCACAACGCUUUCGAGACAUAUGUAUACACGUCGUGCGCCCACUUGCGCGAGCCAACGCUUUUCUAAAUAUGCGGCUAAGAUC